AUGUUUCGCCUUACUUCUUUAGCCGUUACUCUUCUGGCCGCUGUAUCCAGUGCGCAGGAAUCGAGUUCAACUUCGGCAACUGUCUCAAUUUUAACGUCGGAUAGCAGUGUCCCAACCGAUGCACCUCUGCCGGGUGAUUAUACUGGAGCAUUGCGACCUCAGAUCCAUUAUUCUCCACCUCAAAAUUUCAUGAAUGAUCCCAAUGGACUUUUCAGAGAUGCAGAUGGAGUUUAUCAUGUCUAUUAUCAAUACAAUCCAACACAAACUGUAGCCGGAAACCAACAUUGGGGCCACGCAACAUCCAAAGAUCUCUAUCACUGGGACAACCAAAAGAUAGCGCUUUAUCCUGAAAAUGCCGACGAGGGAAUUUUCAGCGGGAGCGCAGUGGUCGAUGCAAACAACACAUCUGGGUUUUUCCCGAACCAAACUAACGGUGUAGUCGCGCUUUACACCCUUAAUACCCCUGAGUCUGAGACCCAAAAUCUUGCCUAUUCCUUUGAUGGCGGAUACACUUUUGAGAAAUAUGCCCAAAACCCUGUCAUCCCAUCCACUUCUACUCAAUUCCGUGAUCCCCAAGUCACAUGGUUCGAGGACCAUUGGGUGAUGGUAGUUGCCUAUGCUCGGGCCUUUGAAAUCGGUAUCUUCACCUCCCCUGAUCUCAAAGAAUGGACCGCCACUUCCAAUUUCAGUCACCACGGUCUUCUAGGCCUCCAAUACGAAUGCCCAAAUUUGGUCCGCAUGCCUGUUGCCAAUGGCACCGGAGAUGAAGACAUGUAUCUCCUUAUUAUCUCCAUCAAUCCAGGUGCACCUCUCGGCGGUUCCACGACCCAAUAUUUCCCCGGUACAUUCAACGGCACGCAUUUCACCCCCCUCGAUUCCGCAGCCCGUCUCACCGACUUCGCAAAAGACAACUAUGCAGGCCAAUUCUUCUCCGGGAUUCCAGCAGAUGAAGACCCUGUUUUCUUAGGCUGGGCCAGCAACUGGGAAUACGCACAACAAGUCCCAAGCGGAGACCUCGAAGGCUGGCGCAGUGCCAUGUCUCUCCCCCGCCGUACCCAUCUCGCAAACGUGACGCGUACAGGCUGGGCCCUCAUCCAAUACCCAUACGACAUGACGCCCCUAUACAAUGCAUCAGAACCCCUCGCCUCGAGCGACAACCUCGGAAACGGAAGUCUCAUCGCCGACUACUCAUCCAUUUCCAGCGGCGCCAUCUACAUCAGCUGCAACGUAACCAACAUCCCCAGCAACAGUCUCGCGCAAGGAACCCUCAACUUCACCUUCUCCUCCUCCUCCACCCGGGAAUCCAUCUCCGGAGGCAUCUAUCUCGGAGGCGACGCGCCCUUCUGGCUUUCCCGCCGCAACCUGCACGGUUUCGCCGAAAGCAACCCCUUCUUCACCGAUCGCUUCUCCGUCGGAAACACCAUCAACGACCAAGGAACCUUCCAACUCGACGUCGUCAUCGACCGAUCCAUUCUCGAAGUCUUUGUCGACGCGGGGAGAAGCAGUGGAACCAUUACAUUUUUCCCAGAGGGAAUCCUAGAUACCGUCGAAGUGAGAGCUGCCGGGCUUAAUGAGGGUGUGCUCGUGGAUGCCAAGAUCUGGGGCUUGGAGGCCGCGUGGAGUGACAUGGCUAAUGAUGAUGGCAUUGUAUAUGGAAACGUAACUACGGCUGCGAAUUAA